AUGAAAUACUCUAAAUAUACAGGUUUGAUAUAAGCUGCUUAUUUUUUGACAAUUUUAAAAGUUUCUUUAAGUUAAGAAAAUACAAAAUCACAAUUUAUCAGUUAAAUAAGCUAAAAAAGUGAAAGCUCAAGUUAUUAUAAUUAGUUAAGUGGUAAUAUUAAAGAUGAAAGCAUGUAAAUUACUUAAUUAGAUCAAGAUUUAGAAAAGAAAAAUGAUGAUUUAUAGUUACUCAGAGAUAACGGAGCAUUUAUAGGAUCUUUUCUAUCUAUUCUCAUUACUGAAAUAGGAGAUAAAACUUUUGUAAUUACUGCAAUUUUAGCAACUAAAUAUGAUAAAUAAUGGGUUUUCUUAGGUAGCUUCGGUGGCUUGUUCUUAAUGACCCUUAUUUCUUGCGGAAUAGGUAAGGCUUCUCUAUCUUUUAUAGACUAAACAUAUAUAAAAUUGUUAGCUUCAGCUUUAUUUUUUGGAUUUGGUGGUAAUGCCAUUUAUGAAGCCUUAGCAAAUAAAAUUGAUGAUGAAUAAAAUGAAAUUCAAAAUAAUCUUAAAGAACUAUAAGAAAAAAUAAAUGCAAAAAUUUAAAGUAAUAUAGCUGAAUGCAGCGAUGAUUUAGAAUAUUAAGAUAUUGAUGAUGAUGAGCCAAAAUCAGAUGAGUAAAAUUAAUUAGAAACCAAAUAGCUUUAACAAAGCUCUUUAAAUGAGCAGGAAAAAAGAAAUAGGAAGAAUGCUAGAAUUAUUCCUAAUACAUUUAUUGCAACACAAACAUUCAUUUAAACUUUUUUAGGAGAGUGGGGUGAUAGAUCUCAAAUAUCUACAAUGGCUAUGAGUACCUCAUUUAAUUUAAUGCAAGUUUUUGUAGGCUGUAUUUUAGGACAUACUUUAUGCUCUUAUUUAGCUAUAACAGGAGGUAAAAUGCUUGCUGAAAAAUUUUCUGAAAGGAUAUUAACAUUAAUUGGAGGAAUACUGUUUAUUAUUUAUGGUUUUUUGACUUUGACAUCUAUAUGA